AUAUCCACUUGACUCCAGAAGUUGAGGCUUUAAGGAAAACAAUAAUUAUCACAACAGCCAUAGCAGAUAGCAACACGGCAUCAGCUACUCCUCCCUGUGUUUCUCCCAACCCUUGCAACUCUCACAGAACAGCAUUAGUUUACAAGUUUCCUUUGGCUGCUGUUCAUACAUUUUCCUGAGGGAAGAGAGAGUGAGAGGAGGAAAACAGGAAAUAAGAGCAGAGUUGAGAGCCAGUGAGCAGCAGAAAGAAGGAGUAAGCCGGGAGAAAGGAUAAAGAAAUCAGCAAAGUGGAACUAAAUGACAAAAAAUUGCAGAAGAGAGACUUAAAGGGGGGAAAACUCAGCUGAAACCCGGAGAAGGUGGAUCACUGAUGGAUCAUUUUGUGCCUCAGACCAUACUCUUCUACAUGGUGUUGUGCUUCAGGGUACACCAAGGUCAAGAAUCUCAGGAAUUUCUACCUACAUUCCUCAAUGUUUCCAAGAAUUUGCCUCUUCAGCGUUUGUUGGUGGAAUGGGAUGUUAGUGACUUAGCUCACAAAUUGGAACUAGAAAUGGUUUUUGACAUUCAAGUUAGUCGAAGUGAAGAAAUGAAUUUUGUCUGGACAGAGUAUUAUAACACAACUCUCAGUAAAUUGAAUAAAACUCUGCACUGGAGUUGGGAUUCAGAAUUGCCUUUGGAAUGCAUGUCCCACUCUGUAAGAAUCAGGAGUAUGGUGAAUGAUGAACGAUUCUAUAAAGUCUGGAGUCGUUGGAGUCACUGGGAAACGGUGUUGGGGUUAGAUACUUCAGAUGACAGCACACCAUACAUCUUCCCCGAAGAGAAAGUUGUAGAAGAGGGCUCCAAUGUCACUUUUUGCUGCAUUGGAGGCAAAGAUAAUAAAAUAGAAUAUUUUUUGUUUAAUUCCAAUGAUUAUUACUACCCAGCCUCCAACACAAGCCAGAGGAACCUGGUGAUUACAGUGAGUAAGGUGUUGACUGCUUGCAGCUUCUCUAGUAAAGGAAACAAAAAGUACGGAGCAACACUUCUCUUUGUGGGCAAAUUACCUGAUGAGCCUAAGGAUAUCUCCUGUUACACUCAGGACAUGAGCACAUUAACCUGUACGUGGAAUCCAGGGGCAAGUACUUAUCUUUAUGGGACUUAUUCCACAAAAUACCACAUGUUUGAAGGGUUUUCCAAAAGAACAUUUUGCUCCCAAGAAGCAGCACAUGAUCAAGAACAUCUGUAUUGCUCAUGGGCUAUAGACCAGCAGAUGAUAUACAACUUAACACUGACUGCCCAAAACCUGCUAGGAAAGAGAAGUGCUAAUUUUGUUCUACAUGUAGCCCACAGAGUUUAUCCAUUUCCUCCCUUUGACCUUUCGGUAGACCAGAUGAAAGCCACAGAAGUGACUUUAUACUGGAGCAUGAAGCCCAAGAACAAAGCAAUUAAACUUCUGUGUCAAAUUGAAAAUCAACACCCGAGUGGGCAGGUGGACCUGCACAAUAGUUCCAUUGUUCAGUCAAAUUCAUAUCCACACAUCACUUUAGGGGGCUUGCAGCCGUACACCAGUUACGCUUUUAGAAUGCGCUGCGGUGCAACCCACCACUUCUGGAAAUGGAGUAAAUGGAGCAAAACCCUACAAUUCAGAACAAAUGAAGCAGCUCCCUCAGGGAAACUUGAUUUCUGGAGAGACGUUACCCCAGUUUUGGGAGGACGGAAUGUGACCUUAUUCUGGAAGCCAUCACCAGAUUUUAGAGCUAAUGGUGGAGGUAUUUCAUUUGAGAUAACCUGGGAAAACUUAGAGAAAGCUUCUGAGCCGGAACACAGCUCCAUUUCUGCAUUACACAACAGCACAACAAUUUCUAUCGAUAACCAUUCCUACAAAAUCAGCAUUGCAACAAAGAACAAUAUUAAUUCUUCACUCCCUUCAGUGAUUAUAAUCUCCAGUGCAACAGAUAAUGGUACUGAAGAAAACAUUGAUCACACUGAUCUUGAAGAGGAAAGAGUUAAUGGCACAGUUAAUGGCAUUUAUAUUUCUUGGAACGCCACCAAUGCAUUUGAUGGCUACAUUGUUGAUUGGUGCAACUUUCCAAGGUCCCAGCAUUGUGACUUUCAGUGGAAGAGAUUUGGUUUCAAUACCUCUAGUUGUCUCAUCAAUUCAGCUGCUUUCAAGCCAGGUGUGAGAUACAGCUUCAGGGUUUAUGGCUCUCUAGCUAAUGAAGCUUUUUUACUGGAGAAGAAGGUUGGAUAUGCUGAUGAACUGGCUCCUAGUCGCAACCCUCAAGUGGAAAUAACUGAGCUGACUUCCUAUACUGUGACCUUAACUUGGCACUCUUAUCCCAUAAAUGAAUCACAGCCUGGAUUCAUAAGAGGUUACCAUGUUUAUGUGAAAACUAUGGAAGAAGAGUGCAGUUUGGAGGGAUCCACAAAACAUGCUCUUUCAGAUGGCUCAGUUCUAUGUAAAUACACUCUGGAAAGCCCUGAAGAAAAAAGAUACACGGUGAAACACCUGGUGCCAAAAACAACGUAUGCACUGGCAGUUACAGCUUACAGUGGCGGCGGAGAAACCCCAAUCGAUACUUACAUAACCGUAGAUACGCUACAGGACUACAAUACUUAUCUUGCAGUUCUGUUAGCAACUAUUCCUUUGGUACUAAUCACUGCUCUGUGCUUCUGGAAAAACAAGUGGGUGAAGAGUUGCUGUUGUGCUGAAAUUCCCAAUCCUAACAAGAGCAAAGUCCUCUCAUUUAAUGGAUUAAAGGUUAAUUCUGAAGCAGUACUGAAGCCAAGUGGCUGCAUUCCUGACACCUUAGUGUUGGAGAAUGCACCAGAAGCCAAUACCCUACAGCUGUGGAGACAAGGGACUCUUCUGAAAGACAGUGAAAGCAAAAUUAUCAACCCUUCCUGGGAGUACUUUGUUCAAAAUGAUGGGAGAGAUUUGACAUGCACACAGUCAGCUUCAGAAGCUUGCACUUCAUUUGAAAACAUAUCCUAUUCUUCCCAGAUUGCAUUUAGUUCCAGCUUCUGUCAGAACGUGUGGAUGUCAGGAACAAAUGAGCCUCAGUUGUGGUACCAGCCACAGCAGUACGUUGAAAUUCUGAGUAAAGAGACAGUCACAUCAUUAGGAGAAAUCACUGAGAGGGAAGACGGUUUAAGAUAUAUUUCACAAAUGGAAGUACCUUGUUCUGAGGUUAAGUUAAGUGAUUUACCCCAUUCCACUGAGCCCAUGGAAUGUUCAAGUUACAAAAUACAAACCACCUUGGGUUCGGAGCCGGUUAUAUCGACAUCUGAUGACGACGUUUACAGUCAGGCCAGCUCUGCUUCUAGCAAUUCAGCAGCAUUAUUGCUUCCAGACUGGCAUUAAAAACUGACCUGCAUGUUUACACACACUGUAUGCUGUAAUUCUAUUAGAAAUUAGGGGAAUAAGCAGGAAUUACUGGAUGAGAUGUAUGGCCUGCAGUAUGUACACAUUCAGAUCAUAACCAUCUUUUCUGGCCCUAAAAGGAUAAUAUGUACCAGGAUUUGUUCAGGGUCACUAAAAUACCAGAGAACAAUUUCACUUCUGUGACACCCUUCACAUGCAUUAUCCCACACGGAUUUAUUGCAUUGUUGAUGCUAGCAUAAAAGAUAUGCAUUAUGAAUCUCUGCAUGGAACAUUACUCUUACCUUGGGACUCUGGCUUUAUUUGGGUGGGGUCAGAAUGUUAGUUAACUGUGGUUUUUUGUAUUUCAUUUUCCACAUAAUAAAAAAUUGGCCAUGGAAUGUCAGCUGGUCUUCUGUCUGGGGGCUAAGUGCUUAAGGAACUUAGGGUUCGUCUACACUACAACAUUAAUUCGAACUAAGCUAAUUCGAACUAACAGAUCUAGACUAAAAAACUAGUUC